CAAUGGGCCGGAUCUGGACCGGAUCCUGCUUGGUCCAGAUCCAGAUCCGUGUUUUUAUGCUUAGAUCCAGAUCCGGUCCAGAUCCAUUGGAUCCAAAAAAAUGAGAUCCAGACCCAGAUCCAUGAGAUCCACUGGAUCUCGGGUCCAGACCCAGAUCCAUACUGCGCGUUGGCGAAGCAGCUGAAUCUGCGGCCAAGGCAAGUGGAGGUGUGGUUCCAGAACAGAAGGGCAAGGACCAAGUUGAAGCAAACGGAGGUGGACUGUGAGUAUCUGCGGCGGUGCUGCGAGAAUUUGACGGAGGAAAACAGACGGUUACAGAAGGAGGUGAAUGAGCUGAGGGCAUUGAAGCUUUCCCCUCAGCUCUAUAUGAAUAUGAGCCCUCCCACCACCCUAACCAUGUGCCCGCAGUGCGAGCGCGUCGCCGUCUCGUCGUCUUCCACGCUGAGACUUCGGGUGCUCUGCUCUGCUCACGUCGAGACCGGAGAUUUCACGCUGCUCUGCUCUGCAGCAGACCGGAGGUGGGGAAGGCCCGCUCUGCAGCAGACCGGAGGUGGACGGAGACCGGAGGUGGGGAAGGCCGGAGGGGCUGACACCGGAGGUUGGGUGAGCCGCGCAAUUGGAGCCUGGAGGAUAGGCGAGCGGCGCAAGUGGGAUGGAAGAAGUAGGGUUUCAAAUCUGAAAUGGAAUUUUAAAUUGUAAUUAGGGAAGUUUAUGUUUUAGGGUAGAUAAAAAUAAAAUAAUAAAAAUAUUAUAUAUUUAAUAUUACCGGGUCCAGAUUCGGAUCUGGACCGGAUCUGGACCGGAUCUGGGUUUUAUAUCUUCUGCUCCAGAUCCGGAUCCGA